GAAAAUCUUGUGAUUGUCGCUGGCUACACGCUGCCCGACCAGCGUGGAUUGACGAAGUUUUGGUAUCUUCAGAAUAUUUCUAGCUCUGGUAUCUCCCACCGUGGGGAGCGUGAAAGCGUGGUUAGAAUGAAUGUGGUCAAACGGUCCAAAUGUGGACUUUGAUGCGAAAAUUACGUGUCCUGUAAUUGUAUUUAUGGGGACAGCAACGAAGGUGUAGGUAGGAGGUAGCCACAAAGCUAGCUAAUGUUAUCGAAGUUAACUGUCUUAUACAACAUAUCCAAAUAGUUUAUACAGUUGUUGCUCGGAUCAACACAAUGUCGGAGGACUUGGUGAAUCGAAUUAAGGAGCUGGAAAGCGAGGUGGAGCGAUUGAAAACUGAGUUGAGAAAAAGGGACACGGCUGAUCAAGCCUGCACAGAGAGGAAUGGAGGUAGCAAACCUAGCGUUACAGUCGACAUAGAGGGUCAGGAGGAUGGAGGGAGUGCGAGAAAAGGCAAGAAACGUGGAAAGGAACGGCCGUUUGACUUCUCUGUCCACCCACGUCGGCAUGUCGCCUUGCGGCUUGCCUAUUUGGGUUGGGAGUACAAAGGCUUUGCCGUGCAAGAAAACACAGACAACACAGUAGAGGCCAGACUGUUCGAAGCAUUACUGAAGACCAAACUCAUCCAGGACCGUCAAAGCUCCAGCUACCACCGCUGUGGCCGGACAGAUAAAGGUGUCAGCGCAUUCUCACAGGUUAUAUCCAUUGACCUGCGCUCAAACCAGUUCAGUGGGGGUAUCGGAGUAAUUGUGCCUACUGCUGAUGGAGCCAGUGUGAAGAGCAAGCCAAAUUCUGAGGAACUGCCUUAUGUAAAGAUGCUUAAUCGUGUCCUACCCCAGGACAUCCGGGUCCUUGACUGGUCACCGGCCGAAACUGGGUUCAGUGCCCGCUUCGACUGCCAGUCCAGAACGUACCGGUACUACUUCCCUCUAGGUUCCCUGGACGUGAGUCUCAUGGCUGAAGCUGCAAAACGGUACGAGGGCACCCAUGACUUCAGAAACUUGUGCAAGAUGGACGUGGGAAACGGAGUUCUGCAGUUCCAGAGGACAAUCCUGUCCGCGUCUGUGCACUCUGUCCAACCCUGUCAAGCCGUCUCAGCUGACCCCUACGACCUCUACGUGUUUGAGGUCAAAGGGCUGGCUUUCCUCUACCACCAGGUGCGGUGCAUGAUGGCUGUGCUGCUGCUGAUUGGGCAGAAGCUAGAAGCUCCCGACAUCAUCGAUCAGCUGUUGGAGGUGGAGAAGAAUCCGAGAAAGCCCCAGUACAGCAUGGCAGUGGAUUACCCUCUGGUUCUCUAUGCAUGCCACUUUGAUGGCCUAAGCUGGAGGAGGGAGGCCGAGGAGGUCGGCCUUGUCCUGAACACGCUGCACCAGCACUGGACACAGAACGUAAUCAAGACCCAGGUCCUGCGCGGCAUGAUCCAGGGCCUACAGAGCUCAGGUGAGGUGUCCACUCCUCUGCAGUGCUGGCUGAUGGAGGGGACCAGGCAGCGCAACUACCGCCCCCUGCUGGAGCGACCCUGCUGCGAGAGCCUGGAGGCCAGGAUCGAGCACUACGUGAAGAGAGGGAGGCUGGAGCGAGAGGAGGGGGAGAACGGAGAGGAGGCUCUGCACAGGGGGAAGAGGUCAAAACAUUCCCACAAUCCCUCCUCUCAGACUGUAGCUUCAGGAGCGACACAACCUGCCCAGUGAACAGAAGAAAAGCCAGACUGUUUGUGAACAUAUAUAGUCAUAAAGAAGACCAUCUGAGGUUUAUUUUUUUUUAUGUAAAAUUACACUAUUGUUAUGAAUUUGUUUUAACCCUGGGUGUCUUUCCUGCAUUCAACACAAUUUGGAUAUAUACUCUGUGUGAAUGUCGAGCGGGAAAGACUAUUCUUGUUUUGUGCAAUACUGUUAAUAGAACAAUGCACCAUACGGAAUAUACCGUGCCAAAUGCACCUGAAAGGCAGAUGCUUGUAAAUUAUAAAGGCCUUUGAUUAAACCGUUGAGCCUGUGGCAUCAAUAA